AUGAAAAUUACGAGCACAUCUUGUAUCUGUCCAGUCCUCGUUUGUCUCUGUUUUGUGCAGAGGUGUUAUGGAACUGCUCACCACAGCUCCAUCAAGGUGACCAGAAACCAGACCAAACACAUUGAAGGUGAAACCGAAGUCCACCAUCGUCCCAAAAGGGGAUGGGUUUGGAAUCAGUUCUUUGUUUUAGAAGAACAUAUGGGACCCGAUCCACAAUAUGUCGGAAAAUUGCACUCCAAUUCUGACAAAGGCGAUGGGUCUGUCAAGUACAUCCUUACUGGAGAAGGUGCCGGAACUAUAUUUAUCAUCGAUGACACCACCGGUGACAUCCACUCAACGAAAAGCCUAGACAGAGAGCAGAAGACCCACUAUGUGCUUCACGCCCAGGCUAUCGACCGUCGAACAAACAAGCCUCUUGAGCCUGAAUCCGAGUUCAUAAUCAAAGUACAAGACAUCAAUGACAACGCUCCAAAGUUCACAGAUGGACCAUACAUCGUUACUGUGCCUGAAAUGUCAGAUAUGGGUACCUCUGUUCUACAGGUGACAGCUACUGAUGCAGAUGACCCUACCUAUGGAAACAGUGCGCGGGUGGUUUAUAGUAUUCUCCAGGGACAGCCCUACUUCUCCGUAGACCCUAAAACAGGAGUUAUUAGAACUGCCUUACAUAAUAUGGACAGAGAAGCCAGAGAACACUAUUCAGUGGUCAUUCAAGCCAAAGACAUGGCUGGGCAAGUUGGAGGACUCUCAGGAUCGACAACGGUCAACAUCACCCUGACUGAUGUCAAUGACAACCCCCCACGGUUUCCUCAAAAGCACUAUCAGCUGUAUGUUCCUGAGUCAGCUCAAGUUGGGUCAGCUGUUGGGAAAAUAAAGGCAAAUGAUGCAGACACUGGUUCAAAUGCUGACAUGACCUACUCCAUCAUUAAUGGUGAUGGUAUUGGGAUAUUCUCCAUCUCAACUGACAAAGAGACCAGAGAAGGGAUCCUUUCUUUAAAGAAGCCACUGAACUAUGAGAAAAAGAAGUCAUAUACUCUCACCAUAGAAGGAGCAAAUACACACCUUGAUUUUCGCUUUUCUCACUUGGGUCCUUUUAAAGAUGCUACCAUGCUGAAGAUCAUCGUUGGGGAUGUAGAUGAACCACCACUGUUUUCCAUGCCUUCUUAUGUCAUGGAAGUCUAUGAAAACGCCAAGAUCGGGACUGUUGUUGGCACAGUUUUGGCACAAGAUCCUGACAGCGCCAAUAGCUUAGUAAGAUACUUCAUUGACCACAGUGGCGGAGAUGACAGAGUUUUCAACAUCGAUGCCAAUUCUGGAACCAUCAGAACCACAAAGGUUCUUGAUAGAGAAGAAACUCCGUGGUACAACAUCACAGUUGCUGCUUCAGAAACUGACAAUCCUGGUUUGCUGAGCCAUGUGACAGUGGGUAUUAGAGUUCUGGAUGUCAAUGACAAUCCACCUGAACUUGCCAGGGAAUAUGAUAUUGUUGUCUGUGAAAAUUCAAAGCCUGGCCAGGUUAUUCAUACCAUCAGUGCUACUGAUAAAGAUGAUUUUGCAAAUGGACCAAGGUUUAACUUCUUUCUUGAUGAACGCCUGUCUGUAAACCCAAACUUCACUCUGAAGGACAAUGAAGAUAACACAGCCAGCAUUCUGACAAGGCGGAGGAGAUUUAGUCGAACUAUUCAGGAUGUGUAUUAUCUCCCCAUUAUGAUCUCUGAUGGUGGAAUCCCCUCUCUCAGCAGCAGCAGUACCCUCACCGUCAGGGUUUGUGCAUGCGAGAGAGAUGGGCGCGUGCGGACCUGCCAUGCGGAAGCGUUCCUGUCCUCGGCUGGCUUGAGUACAGGCGCCUUAAUCGCUAUUCUGCUGUGUGUUGUCAUUCUCCUAGCAAUUGUAGUACUUUUUAUCACCCUGAGACGCAGCAAAAAAGAGCCCCUGAUCAUUUCAGAGGAGGACGUGCGAGAGAAUGUGGUCACCUAUGAUGACGAGGGGGGCGGGGAGGAAGACACCGAGGCCUUUGACAUCACAGCCUUGAGGAAUCCUUCUGCCGCCGAGGAGCUCAAGUAUCGGAGAGAUAUUCGACCCGAAGUGAAACUCACCCCCAGACACCAGACAUUGUCCACCCUAGAAAGUAUAGAUGUUCAGGAAUUUAUUAAGCAAAAACUGGCAGAAGCCGACCUAGACCCCAGCGUCCCCCCUUAUGACUCUCUUCAGACUUAUGCCUACGAAGGUCAGAGAUCGGAGGCUGGCUCCAUCAGCUCACUGGAUUCAGCAACCACACAGUCAGACCAGGAUUAUCACUACCUUGGAGACUGGGGACCCGAAUUUAAAAAGUUAGCCGAACUCUAUGGAGAAAUAGAAUCUGAAAGAACAACUUAG